UGUAAAAAAAAAAAAAAAGAAAUCAGUAAACAAAUACUGAAACGAAAAAAGACCCACUCCGCUUCCCAUUUCUUAAAUACAAUAUAAAUUUCCCUUCAGAUCCGCUUCUUCUUCGAUCUCUCUCUCUCUCUUUUCUCAUUCGAUUGAGGGCUCGGAAGGGUUCCACUCAGAUCUAAAGGAAUCUUUGUCCGACUCUCUGGAACCCUGAUUUCUUCGUCCAAACCCUAACUCGGAGCUCCGAUCCAGUCGCCAUGGCUGCGGCCAGUGCUCCGAUCGCUAUGAAGGAAGCCCUGACGCUUCCGACUGUUGGGAUCAACCAACAAUUCAUCACUUUUACUCACGUAACCAUGGAAUCUGAUAAAUAUAUUUGCGUGAGGGAGACAUCUCCACAGAACAGCGUAGUUAUUAUCGAUAUGGGCAUGCCGAAUCAGCCGUUGAGAAGGCCAAUUACUGCUGACUCAGCUUUGAUGAAUCCCAACAGCAGAAUUCUUGCUCUUAAAGCCCAAAUACCCGGAACUACCCAGGAUCAUCUCCAGAUAUUCAAUAUUGAGUUGAAGACCAAAAUUAAAUCACAUCAGAUGCCCGAACAGGUUGUUUUUUGGAAAUGGAUCACUCCUAAAAUGCUGGGAUUGGUCACUCAGUCAUCAGUAUACCACUGGUCUAUAGAAGGUGAUUCUGAGCCUGUGAAGAUGUUUGAUAGAACAGCUAAUUUGGCAAAUAAUCAGAUUAUUAAUUACCGAUGUGACCCAUCUGAAAAGUGGCUAGUUCUGAUUGGAAUUGCACCUGGUGCUCCUGAGAGACCACAGCUGGUUAAAGGAAACAUGCAGCUUUUUUCUGUUGAUCAGCAGCGUAGCCAGGCGCUAGAAGCACAUGCUGCCUCAUUUGCAUCAAUUAAGGUUGCUGGAAAUGAUAAGGAUUCUAUUCUUAUUUGCUUUGCUUCAAAGACUACCAAUGCUGGACAGGUUACGUCAAAAUUGCACGUGAUUGAGCUUGGUGCCCAGCCAGGUAAACCGGGCUUUUCAAAGAAACAAGCAGAUCUGUUUUUUCCACCUGAUUUUGCUGAUGACUUCCCUGUAGCAAUGCAGAUCUCUCACAAAUAUGGCUUGAUAUAUGUUAUCACAAAACUUGGUCUCCUAUUUGUCUAUGAUCUGGAGACUGCUACAGCAGUCUACAGAAAUCGGAUUAGUCCGGAUCCUAUAUUUCUGACAGCAGAAGCUUCGUCUAUUGGUGGUUUUUAUGCCAUUAACAGAAGAGGGCAGGUUCUGCUUGCAACUGUUAAUGAGGCAACUAUUGUGCCUUUUGUCAGCGGUCAGCUGAACAAUUUGGAGCUUGCCGUUAACCUUGCCAAACGAGGAAAUCUUCCGGGAGCGGAGAAUCUGGUUGUCCAAAGGUUCCAAGAACUCUUUUCACAGACAAAGUAUAAGGAGGCUGCUGAGCUUGCUGCUGAAUCUCCACAAGGCAUUCUAAGGACUCCUGAGACCGUUGCCAAAUUUCAGAGUGUUCCUGUACAAGCUGGGCAAACGCCACCACUAUUGCAAUACUUUGGGACACUGUUGACAAAGGGAAAACUCAAUGCAUUUGAAUCUUUGGAGUUAUCUCGUCUGGUGGUGAAUCAGAAUAAGAAGAAUCUUUUGGAAAAUUGGCUGGCUGAGGAUAAGCUUGAGUGUAGUGAAGAACUAGGUGAUCUAGUAAAGACGGUUGACAAUGACCUCGCUCUGAAAAUAUACAUAAAAGCAAGAGCUACGCCGAAAGUUGUUGCUGCUUUUGCUGAAAGAAGGGAGUUUGACAAGAUUCUUAUAUACUCGAAGCAGGUUGGAUACACACCAGAUUAUCUUUUCCUUCUCCAAACCAUUCUGAGAUCAGACCCUCAGGGUGCAGUGAAUUUUGCUCUUAUGAUGUCGCAAAUGGAGGGAGGUUGUCCAGUUGAUUACAAUACUAUCACAGACCUCUUUCUUCAGAGAAACUUGAUCCGGGAAGCAACAGCAUUUCUGUUGGACGUCUUGAAGCCUAAUUUGCCAGAACAUGCUUUCCUUCAAACAAAGGUGUUGGAGAUCAAUCUUGUGACGUACCCAAAUGUUGCAGAUGCUAUAUUAGCUAACGGAAUGUUCAGUCACUAUGACCGUCCUAGGAUAGGUCAGCUAUGUGAAAAGGCUGGCUUGUAUAUUCGUGCUCUUCAGCAUUAUUCAGAAUUGCCUGAUAUUAAGCGUGUUAUUGUGAAUACUCAUGCAAUUGAGCCACAGGCUCUUGUGGAGUUUUUUGGGACUCUGUCAAAGGAGUGGGCUCUAGAGUGCAUGAAAGACCUCUUGCUUGUAAAUCUAAGAGGAAACCUUCAGAUAAUCGUGCAGACUGCCAAAGAGUAUUCUGAGCAGUUGGGUGUUGAUGCUUGCAUCAAACUCUUUGAGCAAUUUAAGUCCUACGAAGGCCUUUACUUCUUUCUUGGAUCGUAUCUCAGCUCCAGUGAGGAUCCAGAUAUACAUUUCAAGUAUAUUGAGGCAGCAGCUAAAACUGGGCAGAUUAAAGAAGUUGAACGGGUAACUAGAGAAUCAAAUUUCUAUGAUGCAGAGAAGACAAAGAAUUUCCUUAUGGAAGCCAAGCUUCCAGAUGCACGCCCCCUUAUUAAUGUCUGUGAUCGUUUCGGUUUUGUUCCUGAUUUGACCCACUAUUUAUACAGAAACAACAUGCUUCGAUAUAUUGAAGGCUAUGUUCAGAAGGUAAACCCAAGCAAUGCUCCUUUGGUGGUUGGCCAGCUGCUAGAUGACGAGUGUCCUGAAGAUUUUAUCAGAGGUCUUAUUCUUUCAGUCCGUUCUCUCCUCCCUGUAGAGCCCCUUGUCGAUGAAUGCGAGAAGAGGAAUCGUCUUCGGUUGCUCACACAAUUUCUGGAACAUCUUGUGAGUGAAGGAAGCCAAGAUGUACAUGUUCACAAUGCAUUGGGAAAAAUUAUCAUCGACAGCAAUAACAAUCCAGAGCAUUUUCUCACCACCAACCCAUACUACGAUUCACGUGUUGUGGGUAAAUAUUGUGAGAAGCGGGAUCCAACCCUCGCAGUUGUUGCUUACAGACGAGGGCAAUGUGAUGAUGAACUUAUUAAUGUUACGAACAAGAACUCUCUUUUCAAAUUGCAGGCCAGAUAUGUUGUGGAGAGGAUGGAUUCUGAUCUCUGGGAGAAAGUGCUUCUUCCUGACAAUGAGUAUAGAAGACAGCUUAUUGAUCAAGUUGUUUCUACUGCUUUACCUGAAAGCAAGAGCCCUGAACAAGUAUCUGCAGCUGUUAAAGCAUUCAUGACUGCUGAUCUUCCUCAUGAAUUGAUUGAACUGCUUGAGAAGAUCGUGCUCCAAAAUUCUGCCUUUAGUGGAAAUUUCAACCUGCAAAAUCUGCUGAUAUUAACUGCCAUCAAAGCAGAUGCAUCGAGGGUUAUGGAUUACAUCAAUAGAUUGGAUAACUUUGAUGGACCUGCUGUUGGAGAAGUUGCUGUUGAAGCACAACUGUAUGAGGAAGCCUUCGCUAUCUUUAAGAAGUUCAAUUUGAAUGUCCAAGCAGUCAAUGUUCUUCUGGAUAACAUUCAGAACAUAGAUCGGGCGGUGGAGUUUGCUUUCCGUGUUGAAGAAGAAGCAGUUUGGAGUCAGGUGGCGAAGGCCCAGCUGCGGGAAGGGCUAGUUAGUGAUGCAAUUGAGUCUUUUAUUCGUGCAGAUGACACAACCCAUUUCUUAGAAGUUAUUCAGGCUGCUGAAAAUGCUGAUGUGUACCAUGACUUGGUUAAAUACUUAUUGAUGGUCAGGCAGAAAACUAAAGAGCCAAAGGUGGAUAGUGAACUCAUAUAUGCAUAUGCUAAGAUUGAUAGGUUGAGUGAAAUAGAGGAAUUCAUCCUUAUGCCAAAUGUUGCUAAUCUCCAAAAUGUUGGUGAUCGUCUGUAUGAUGAAGCCCUAUAUGAAGCUGCAAAGAUCAUAUUUGCAUUCAUUUCAAACUGGGCCAAACUGGCUGUUACACUUGUUAAAUUGAAACAGUUCCAAGGCGCAGUUGAUGCAGCUCGCAAAGCAAACAGUUCAAAGACAUGGAAGGAGGUCUGCUUUGCUUGUGUGGAUGCUGAAGAGUUCCGGUUGGCCCAAAUCUGUGGUCUCAAUAUUAUAGUACAGGUGGAUGACUUGGAAGAAGUUAGUGAUUAUUACCAGAACAGAGGAUGUUUCAAUGAACUGAUCUCUCUUAUGGAGAGUGGCCUUGGAUUGGAGCGGGCUCACAUGGGUAUUUUCACGGAGUUAGGAGUCUUAUAUGCCAGAUACCGUCCUGAGAAACUUAUGGAGCACAUCAAGCUGUUCUCAACGCGUCUUAACAUUCCUAAACUUAUCCGUGCUUGUGAUGAACAACAGCACUGGAAGGAGCUUACAUAUCUGUAUAUACAGUAUGAUGAAUUUGACAAUGCUGCUACCACUAUCAUGAACCACUCUCCAGAUGCGUGGGAUCACAUGCAGUUCAAAGAUGUUGCUGUCAAAGUGGCAAAUGUUGAGCUUUAUUACAAGGCAGUGCACUUCUACUUGCAGGAGCAUCCUGAUCUGAUAAAUGACAUGCUUAAUGUUCUUGCUCUUCGUGUGGAUCAUACACGUGUUGUGGACAUCAUGCGGAAGGCUGGUCACUUGCAUCUUGUGAAGCCAUAUAUGGUUGCGGUACAGAGCAAUAAUGUAUCUGCUGUGAAUGAAGCUUUGAAUGAAAUCUAUGUUGAAGAAGAGGAUUAUGAAAGGCUAAGGGAAUCCAUUGAUUUGCAUGAUAACUUUGAUCAGAUAGGCCUCGCUCAGAAGCUGGAAGAUGGAAACAGUCCGCAUGAGCUUCUUGAAAUGAGACGGGUUGCUGCGUAUAUUUAUAAGAAAGCUGGAAGAUGGAAACAGUCCAUUGCUCUAUCCAAAAAGGACAAAAUGUACAAAGAUGCUAUGGAGACGUGCUCUCAAUCUGGUGAAAGGGAGCACUCUGAGGAGUUGCUUGUUUAUUUCAUUGAACAGGGAAAGAAAGAAUGUUUUGCUUCAUGUCUCUUCAUCUGUUAUGACUUGAUCCGACCCGAUGUUGCUCUAGAGCUUGCCUGGACGAACAAUAUGCUUGACUUUACUUUCCCAUACCUUCUACAGUUAAUUCGAGAAUACACGAGCAAGGUGGACGAGUUAAUGAAAGAUAAGCUUGAAGCCGUGAAUGAAAACAAAGCCAAGGAGAAGGAAGAGAAAGACAUGGUCGCUCAACAGAACAUGUAUGCCCAAUUGCUACCUCUUGCAUUACCAGCACCACCGAUGCCCGGAAUGGGAGGAGGAAUGGGCGGCCCCUUUAGUGGGCCACCAGCACCACCACCGAUGGGUGGCAUGGGCAUGCCUCCUAUGCCUCCCUUUGGCAUGCCUCCCAUGGGAUCGUAUUGAAUAUGAUUUUGGCUAAUAUCAAUUUGCGGAUUUUGUUUGUACUGAUUGGGGCAGCUCAAUGAAGGACCGGCCAAUUGAGAAAGAGAAAAGGAAUAAGUCACUUGUGUAAUUUUAUCGGUUGUGUAUCUCCUUAAUUUUCCGUCUGUAGCUAGAAAUUUUUUUUUUCUCUCACUGCCGUUGAGGCGGAGAUUGAGGACAUUGAUGGCUACUGAUUUUGGUGUAAUGAAAGUAGGGUUGUUGCGGUUAAAUUUGUACGGUAAUGACUGGGAUCCAUUUGUAUAUGCUCUGCCUGAUACGCUGAUUGUACUGUUCUCCAUUCAUAUUCUUGGGUGUUAUAUAUUGGCUUUUCAUUAUUUGUAUG